AUGGCCCAAGAGCUCAACAGUGUUGGUCCGCCUAUCAAGGAUAUUUCCAGCUGGAAGAAGGUAUGGCUUGACUGGAAGGCUUACAUUAAAAGCAAAUUGGUUGAGAAUAAAAAGGAGCAGUCAGCUACUGGUGGCGGCAGAAAUAGGCAGCACCAUUUCAAUGAAUUGGAAGAAGCGGUGAUAGCACUAACGGCAUUGGAAACCAGUACAAGUGGUAUUACGAAUACAGUAAGCGGCUUACCUAAUGUAGCAGACGUGGGCCAUGAGACAGAGGCAGACGUUUCGAUGCCAUCAGUGUCCUGCAGUUCAGCACUGCCUCGACGUWCUACUAGGCGACCGGAAAAAAGUACAGCAGACUUUUUAARAGAGCAACUUGAUGUUCAAAAAGAAUUCCAAGACAAGGUUCUCGACAAAAUGGACCACCUUUCGUUACGUAUGCGACGAGUAGGCAGAGCAUUGGAAAUGCAAAACGAUUUUAAAAAAGCGGAAGUUGAAGAAUUAAAAAGACACAACGUAGCUAUGGAAAAUUUGGUAGCUGCUAAAAAUUCAAUUAAACAGAAAAUGUUAGAGAUAGAAGAACAAAAAUUGCAAGAUAUUAUACUCGUGUAA